ACAAAAAAGGCAAUAUUACAACAACAUUAGCCAAUGCCCUAAAAUUGGUAAAUAUAAACCACAACAAACUUCUUAAAAACAGAAGACAGCCGGUCGGUCAGGAAAAGUAUUCAGAGGCAAUCCAUCGAUCUCUCCACCUUUUCUUUUCAACUUAAUUAAAAUACAUAAUUCUUUAAUUAAAAAUUAAUAAUAAUAAUAAUUACACAACUCACUUUCUCUUUCUGGGCUGUCAAUUGCAGGAGAAAACCUCACUCGCUUUUCUUCCUUUCUUUUUCUUACUAUUUAUCUUUCCAUUAUACACUUCCUCCGUUCAAAUUACAGUGCAGGCGGGCGGGCGGGCGGCGAGCGUAAUUACUAUCCAAUGGUAAUGGGCGCGCACGCUCCUACGCUUGCGCGCAAUUAUUAUAAUAAAAAUGCAACAGUAGUUCUGGUGGUCGCGCUUGUUCUUGCAUCAUCCUCCUUUGUACAUAUGGCAUUUGGCGAGAAUGCCACAGACUCUGUUGCCCUCUUAAAGUUUAAAGACGCCCUCGGGAACAGCAGUGCUCUCUACAAUUGGAAUCCCAUUUUCCCUCCUUGUGAAUGGGAUCGCUCUAAUUGGAUUGGCGUUCUCUGUCUCAACGGUAGCAUUUGGGGUUUAAAACUCGAGCACAUGUCUCUCGCCGGCUCCAUUGAUGUUGAUUCUCUUCUCCCUUUGCCUUUCUUUCGCACCCUAAGUCUCAUGGAUAACGACCUCGAUGGUCCUUUCCCAGAUAUCAAGAAAUUAGGCAAGUUGAAAGCCUUGUACUUAUCCAAUAACAGAUUCUCUGGCCAGAUUCCUGAUGAUGCAUUUCAAGGCAUGGGUUCUUUGAAGAGGGUUUUCAUGGCUAAUAAUAUGUUUACCGGCAACAUCCCUCUCUCCCUUGCUACCUUGCCUAGGCUUAUGGAGUUGAGACUCGAAGGCAACCAAUUCAAAGGCCUCAUUCCUGAUUUUCAACAACAAGUUUUAAAGACCGUGAAUCUUGCCAGCAAUCAAUUGGUGGGCCCUAUCCCUACAUCCCUCAGCAAGUUGGAUCCUGACUCCUUUUCAGGGAACAAAGAGCUCUGUGGACCGCCUCUAGACCCAUGCUCAUCCCCCGAGAAUAAAAGCAACGUUUUGAAAAUCAUAAUCACAGUAAUGGUGGUACUCCUAAUAGUAGCCGCCGUGGCAUUUGCUUUGGCUGUAUUAUGGCGGAAGAGCCGCGGCUCACAGCUGGAGAGGACAUCCUCUUUGUCAGCCAACUCCAACAAAAUUGCACCGAAUACCUACGUAGGAGACCAAGAACAAAUUCAAAUGCCUGUGGAGCAGUUGAGGAGGUCUGAUAGGUUGUCUUUCGUGAGGGAAGAUGUUGAAAAGUUUGAUCUGAAUGACUUGCUGAGGGCAUCCGCAGAAGUAUUGGGGAGCGGUACUUUUGGCUCUUCAUACAAGGCUUCUGUAGGGAGCGGCGUAGCCUUGGUUGUCAAAAGGUAUAGGCAUAUGAACAAUGUAGGUAGAGAGGAGUUUCAUGAGCACAUGCGUAGGCUUGGCAGGUUGCAGCAUCCAAACUUGCUGCGCCUUGCCGCCUACUACUACCGGAGAGAAGAAAAGCUUUUGGUAUACGAGUACGUUGAGCACGGAAGCUUGGCUAGUCGUCUUCAUAGCAAUAAUUCCCUAGAAGGACAGGGGCUUGAUUGGCAUACGCGGUUGAGAGUUAUCAAAGGCGUAGCGAAGGGGUUGGCUUAUCUGUACGGCGAGCUUCCUAUUCUAGUUCCACAUGGGCACCUGAAAUCUUCCAAUGUGCUUCUAGAUCCGUCAUUGGAGCCACUGUUGACAGAUUAUGCGCUGAGGCCAGUGAUCAAUCCCCAGCAGGCACACAAUCUUAUGAUUGCUUACAAAUCACCCGAGUACGCACAAAACGGCCGCACAUCAAACAAGACGGAUAUUUGGAGCUUUGGGAUACUGAUUUUGGAGAUACUGACAGGGAAGUUCCCAGAGAACUAUCUGACAGCAGGUUAUGAUACCAGUGCCGAUCUAGCGAGUUGGGUUAAUAAGAUGGUAAAGGAAAAGCGAACCAGUGAAGUGUUUGACAAAGAUAUGAAGGGAGCUAAAUAUAGCAAAGGGGAGAUGAUCAAUGUAUUGAAGAUUGGAUUGAGUUGCUGCGAAGAGGAUGUGGAGAGUAGAGUAGACAUCGAGCAAGUUGUGGAAAAGCUGGAGCAACUGAAAGAGGGAGACAGCGAAGGCGAGUAUUAUGGGAGUAAUGAAGAGAAUCAUUUCAUGAUUAGAGGGAAUGAGGAUGGUUUUUCGUCGGGUGUGGAUCGAUGACUGCAGAAGAAUGAAGGAGGAAAGUAUGCAGACUGUGUUUCGCAGGCAGCUGAGCAUUGAACAAUGAAUAUGAGUAAUUUUUAGCCUGUGAGAUUAACCAAUGGGGGGAUGAUUAUAGAGGUUCAACUUUUGACAUUUUUGGUAUUAUGAAUUGGAGAAAGGCACUUCUCUUUUCUUUCUUUCUUUCUUUUUUUUUUUUUUUCUUCUUUUAAUACCACAAAAGAAAAGUACUGACGAUACAUUUCGUGCACACAGUCUCUGAGUAAUUUGUGAAAUUGAAUUCGAUUUUUAGAAUACAGAUAGUUUACUUUGUUUUGUGGCUGCUUCAUUUUGCAUUUUGCAUACAGUUUUAUUAUUUAUGGAUGAUGACGAUGAUGAUGCAUCUUAGUGAAUGAGAGGACAUAUAUAGAGUGCCUUUGAAUGUUAAUUGGUUAAAUUCCUUCUUCCAUGGGAAUAAGUAUGCAGUCAAUACAGCUGGGGAAGGUGAUUUAGCAUUCCAUGGUGAUGGUCACAUAUCAUCCAUUCAUGCCUUUUGCUAAAAUAAAACAUUUAAAUAUGUUAUUUAAAAUUCCAUUAAAAGGUUGAGAUGAGAUGAUGGUAUAGGAAGCCAGCAUCAAGGUUAAAGGUUUCAAGUUUCAACUGCUGCUUCACAUUCUCUUGCAAUAAACUUUUCUCCUUAAUUUGUUUGUUCAAUCCUAUAUUAUACCCUUGCAAAAUCUAUACAAGUACAGCAUUUUUAUUAUUUUCUCCGUUCCAUUUGAUA